UCGCGGCUGCGGUCUCGCGGGGUUCCACUCCUUCACCAACCACACUCCUCUCCUCUCCUCCGGGAGGUCCACGCCCGCCCACAAUCCCCGCCCCCGGCCUCCGACCACCUCCCGCAUCCCCCGCCAUGGCGUUUUCCACCCCCAACGCCCUCUCAGCUUCCGCUUCCGGCCCCGCCUCCCCGUUCCACCUCCGCCUCCAGCCGCAGCCCUUCCUCCGCCUCCCCGCCCUCCCCUUCCACCGCUCCCUCCCGCUCCACCUCCCCUCCCUCCGCCUCACCCGGCCCCUCCUCCCUCCCCUCCCGCUCGCCUCCUCGGGCGGCGGCAGCAACAUCGGCUCCGGCGGCGGUGGUGGCGAUGACGACCUCCCCUCAGGCGGAGGAGGAGACGAGGACGAGGGCGAGGGCGGCGACGACGCGUCCGUCAACAGGAGGGAGGCGCUGUUCGUGCUGGCGCAGCUGGGAAGGAAGCUCGAGAGCCUCCCGGCCGACAUGGCCGCGGCCGUGGAAGGCGGGCGCCUCCCCGGCGAGAUCGUGCGCCGGUUCGCCGAUCUCGAGAAGUCGCCCAUGUUCCGCUGGCUGCUCCAGUUCGGCGGCUUCAGGGAGCGCCUCCUCGCCGACGACCUCUUCCUCGCCAAGGUCGCCAUGGAGUGCGGCGUCGGCAUCUUCACCAAGACCGCGGCAGAAUAUGAGCGAAGGAGGGAGAACUUUGUCAAGGAGCUUGACUUUGUGAUUGCCGAUGUGGUCAUGGCAAUAGUUGCAGACUUCAUGCUUGUUUGGCUUCCUGCUCCAACUGUCUCUCUGCAACCAGCACUAUCAGUGAAUGCUGGGGCUAUUGCUAAAUUCUUCCACAACUGCCCGGAUAAUGCAUUCCAGGUCGCUUUGGCUGGAAGUUCAUACACAUUUUUGCAGAGAUUUGGAGCUAUUAUGAGGAACGGCGCAAAACUUUUUGCAGUAGGAACGAGUGCAUCUUUGAUUGGCACGGGUGUGACCAACGCAAUUAUAAAGGCAAGAAAGACUGUUAACAAGGAUGAUGCUGGCGAAGUUGAGGAUAUCCCAAUUGUUUCAACUAGUAUUGCCUAUGGUGUAUACAUGGCAGUUUCUAGUAACCUCAGGUACCAGGUUCUGGCUGGAGUGAUCGAACAGCGGAUGCUCGAGCCGUUACUACACCGCCACAAACUAGCAUUGAGUGCGCUGUGCUUUGCGGUUCGGACGGGGAACACAUUCUUGGGUUCUCUACUGUGGGUUGACUAUGCCAAGUUUAUAGGCAUACAAUAAGUUGAAGACAGACCUAGAAUUGCACAAAUCAUUCGCAAUGUUGAUUCGUCGCUACGCCAUAUCUCAUAUCCUUACCGUGCUUCCUAUCCUGACUCAUCUGCCUUCAUAGGAGACACUAACGACAGAGGUCGAUUGCUUUUGCUGGAAAAGAAAGAUGCGUGCAGAGAAAUGGUAAUUUGUCGAAUUCCCAAGAACAAGCGCUUGGAUUCUAUUUGGUGGCUUGUGAGUUUUGUCCUGUUAGAACUCGAUUCGUUUCAGACGAUGGUUUUGCAGUCGUUUCUGUUGCGCAAGUA